AUGGAGGAGCGGGUGCAGGAGGAGAUGCCAGCAGACCAGCACACAGGAGGCCACCACCCUGCACGGGAAGGAGAGGUGUUCAACACGCGGUACCAGGCUCUGUGCAAGCUGGGCUGCGGUGCCUUUGCCACCGUCUGGCUGUGCCAGGACAUGAGGAGGAAGAAACAGGUAGCUGUGAAGGUCCUGAAAAGCAGGGAAGGCUUCAUUGAGGCUGCCCAGGACGAGGUCGCUCUCCUCCGCUGUGUGAGCAGUAUGAAGAAGAAGGACCGGGCAGGAGAAAACAUUGUCUGUUUGUUAGACGACUUCAGAAUGAUUGGAGAGAACGGCUUCCAUAUCCUUCUGCUAGAGUGCUGCAGCUCUGGCUCAGCAAAGCCCAGGCUUCCCUCGGAGAGCCACAGGAGGGUGCUGGCAGGGCUGCACUUCCUGCACCAGUGCUGCCGCAUCAUCCACGCGGACAUCAAACCGGAGAACGUCUUGCUCUACGGACGUGACAAAAGCCUCCAAAGACUUCUGCCCGAUACGCUUGACUGCGACCAGAGAAUAGAUUUGAGGCUAAAGGGACCAGGUGGUGAUCUUGGCAAUCGAUUGGAAGAAUCUGAUUUAAUGAGCAUACAAGUGAAAAUUGCAGAUCUGGGCAGCGCGUGCUGGACAUACAAACCUUUUUCCAAGGAGAUACAGACCCAGCCAUACCGUGCCCUGGAAGUGCUGCUUGGAUUAGACUAUGGCACUCCUGCAGAUAUCUGGAGCAUGGGCUGCCUGGCAUUUGAAAUGGUAACUGGGGAGUGUCUAUUUGAUCCUCAACCUGGGAAAUAUUUCUCCAGAGACGAUGAUCACGUUGCUCGUAUUAUUGAACUCCUGGGAAGAAUUCCUCCUCAAAUUGCUUUCUCCUGGAACAAGUCAACAAAAUUUUUCAGCAGGCCAGGCGCUCUGCUGCGGAUCUCCAGGCUUUCCCCCUGCAGUCUCCACACCAUCCUGAAGGACAGACACAAAUGGACAAAACCCGAGGUUCCCGCCUUCACCAGCUUCCUCCUGCCCGCCCUGCAGUAUGCGCCCGAGCGCCGCGCCACAGCCGCCCAGUGCCUGCAGCACGCGUGGCUGAGCGCCCCGUGA